AUGGCAGAACCUCCGAAUACCCCCCAGGUCUCUAUGCCCUCUACUCCAGCAGACGGACAGUCUCCCACUCAUACCUAUGUGCCAAAUCACGGCUACGAUACCUCUUCAUCUGCCCAAGAUGCCCCACCAAGCUCUGCUGGUGGCCAAACAGAAUACGCCGCCGACAACGAAGAUGAGGUCUACGACGAUCUGUUCGACGAGGAUGAAGAGGAAUACUUUGAGGAUAUGGAGUACGAUCCAUCUUCCGGAGAUCUCACCAAGUCUUACAACCGCCAACGCAAGAUGAACGACCAGAGCGCCACUGCCCCGCGCAUAAACCCACAACAAAAGCCAAGUGCAAACACCAAGUCCAGCGUCGAUGAUCAGAUAUCUAGUCUUGCAAAGCAUGCCGGGAAGAUCCGGCUUGACGGUGGAGAGUCCCAUCGAACUCACGGAAAGGACAAAUCAGACCGAGCAACCAGUGAGCAGGUCUUAGAUCCACGGACACGGAUGCUACUCUUGCAGAUGAUCAAUCGAGGCGUAGUAUCAGAAGUCAAUGGGUGUCUGAGUACCGGCAAAGAAGCAAAUGUCUACGGAGCGCUAUCGAUGUCAUCUUCCGAGGGCGAAGAAUCCCAACCAAUUCAUCGAGCUAUCAAAGUCUACAAGACAAGCAUUCUGGUGUUCAAGGACCGUGAUCGCUAUGUAACCGGAGAACAUCGCUUCCGAUCAGGCUACAACAAGGGCAAUAACCGCGCUAUGGUCAAAGUUUGGGCGGAGAAGGAAUUCCGAAAUCUAAAGCGAUUAUACCUUGCUGGAAUCCCUUGUCCGGAACCUGUCUACCUACGACUUCACGUUCUAGUCAUGGGGUUUUUGGGUGAUAAGAAGGGAUGGGCUGCGCCACGGCUGCGAGAUGUCGAACUCCACGGUGACGACGUGGACGAGCAAUGGAGAGUCUUGUAUCUUCAGAUGCUUGGGCUGAUGCGACGAAUGUAUCAGACUUGCAAACUCGUCCACGCAGAUCUGAGCGAGUAUAAUGUUUUAUACCACGAGAAAAAGUUGUUCAUCAUCGAUGUCUCUCAGAGUGUUGAGCACGAUCAUCCUCGAUCUCUCGAGUUUCUGCGAAUGGAUAUUAAAAACGUGUCUGAUUUCUUUAGGCGUAAGAGUGUCAAUGUCCUAUCCGAGCAAAGUGUCUUUGGAUUUAUCUCAGCCCACAGUGGACAAAUACAGGAACCUGGCCUCACAGAUUCCCUCGAGAAAUUGUUCGUCGAACGGCCUGUGGUAGAGGAAGGCGAGCAAGCUGCUGCCGAGCAAGAAGUCGAGAACGAAGUCUUUCGCCAGCAAUACAUUCCGCAAACAUUAGAACAAGUAUAUGACUUCGAGCGCGACGCAGAGAAAAUUGGCAAGGGUCAGAAGGAUGACUUAGUAUACCGAAAUUUACUCGCAGACAAGGUACCCAUGUCAUCGGGAAACGAAGCUGAUGGCGAAGAUACAAUGGGUGGUAGUUCUUCCGCGGAGGAUGAUGAAGAGGGUAGCGAUACCGAAGAUGAGAGUCGAUUCGAAAAGGGCACACCAAGGGGGAAGAGGUUCGAGGAUAAAGAUGUCAAGAAGGAACACAAAAAAGCAGUCAAGGAAGACAAACGCGAAAAGAGAAAAGAAAAGAUGCCCAAGCAUCUCAAAAAGAAGCUCGUCAGCUCAUCAGCCAAGCACAAGCACUGA